AAAAAAAACACAAGGGACAUCUUACUCAUGAAAUAAUCGCUGGUGCCGCAGCUUUUGAAGCCAUGAGGCACUACGAAAAAAAGCAUGAAGAAGAAACUGGACAAAAAGAUAAAUUUGCUUUCGCUAAAGAGGCAUUCGCAGCAUUUGCUGCCGCUGAAGCAGAAAAACUCAUUGAGACAAAAGGUUUAGAUGCAAUUGAUAAAAUGAAAGCAAAAAAGCACGCAAAAGAGUCUGCUGAAAAAUUAUACGAUG